UAAAAAGCGUGCGUAAAGAUGGCAGACUGGUUCAAGCGGGAUUGAUGCGGUUUGAACUCCAAUUUGACCACUUGAAUGACUCCAUAGAUCUAACUCACAGACAUCAUCCAAGCUGAUGACAUCUAUGUGACCAAGUACAAGUAUCGUUGUCAGCAUUGAUCAUGUUUGGUGCAAACAAAACACCGUUUGGAACUUCUACAUUUGGGACAGGUAGUUUUGCUUCACCCACUGCUACUCCAUUUGGCCAGCGUACCAAUGCUUUUGGCAGUAAGGCCCAAGGCACAACAGGAUUUGGUACUCCAGCUACGUUUGGUGCCCAGACUCCUGCAGGCAGUCUCUUUGGAACUGGGACUUCUGGGGGCCUGUUUGGCAACACAGGAAGCACCUUUGGACAAACAUCUUCCUCAGGCAUGGGAUUUGGAUCCAAUACCUCCAGUGCUGCAGGCACGCUGUUCAGUAGCACCUCCAAUGCUGGGACAACUGGUCUUUUCUCAACACCUACAACUUCUUCCUCAUUUGGCAACUUUGGAUCUAAGCCUUUUGGAGCGACUGCCUCCACUGGUCUCUUUGGUCAGACAACCACGUCAACAACACCCUUUGGCCAAACAGCUGCAGCAGGGACAUCAAGCGGACUGUUUGGGGCUGGGUCAGGAGGAUUAUUUGGGAGCACAGCUCAAAAUGGCACCACUGUCAAAUUCAAUCCUGUUACCAGCACGGAUACAAUGGUUAAAAGCGGAGUGUCAACAAACGUCAAUACAAGACAUCAGGUCAUCACGGCAAUGAAGGAAUAUGAAAACAAAAGUUUUGAGGAGUUGCGUGCUGAGGACUAUGUUGCCAAUCGGAAAGGACCAACUGGCUCUGCUCUGCUCGGUCAAGGACUGACCCAAGUGGACAAUAAGGCUGGAGGAUUGUUUGGCCAGUCAACGACUUCAUCAGGUGGUGGAUUUACCUUUGGUCAGAACAAGCCACCGUUUGGCGCAGGAACACAAUCUGGGUUUGGUACGUCCAGUGGUGGUCUGUUUAGUGGACAGCAGACACAGCAAAGUGGAGGUUUGUUUGGUCAGAAGACAGGCUUUGGAGCAACAGCGAGCACUGGAUUUGGCUUUGGGGAAAAGUCCACCUCGGCAUUUGGUCAAACUGCCAGCAAAGGCCUCUUUGGCCAAACAAGCACCACCCAGAGCAUGGGUUUAUUUGGGUCGACACCUGCCAGCAGUGGCACUGGUUUUGGGACAAGUAGCACAUUUGGUGGCACUUCAGGAUUUGGUCAGACACAGCCAACUGGCUUGUUUGGAAAGCCGUUUCAAACCACCACCACUAGCUCAGGUCUGAGUUUUGGAACCAACUCCGGCACGGGUCUGUUUGGACAACCUAGUAAGCCUGGGUUGUCAUUGGGGACUGGCUCCACGUCAGGCUUUGGUGGCUUUGGCUCUGGUACCAGCCAGUCCACCAGUCUAUUUGGGAACAAGGGAACCACAACAGGCUUUGGUGGGCUUGGCACAGGGCUUGGCGGUGGAUUAGGGACAGGAUUUGGCACUGCCAACGCUGGGACCUCACUAUUUGGUGGUGCGACUAGUAAACCAUCAACACUCGGUGGGCUAGGGGGCUUCGGGACAACAACUGGCUUAGGGGGUGGUUUAGGGGCUGGAACAGGAUUGGGCAUUGGAAGCAACACUACUGGCAUUGGAGGUGCUACAGUUGGUCUGGGAGUUCAAGAUGUACAAGCUCAGCAACAACUCCUAACAAUCUUCAACUCACCCUAUGGAGACAAUCCGCUCUUCCGGAAUAGACUCACAGAAUCAGACAAAAAAGAGGACAUCUUGAAACCGACAAGUAAGGCAGCGCAGAAGGCAUUGACCACACCCCUGCAACACAAGGUGUCUGCCAGACCAUCUGCAAAGCUUCGACCCAAGCCGCUGCAGGGUGUCUCUCAUAAGUCAAAACUAUUUGAGGGAUUGGACGAUGAAGACCCAACACUCAACUCGGAGAUGUUCAUACCUCGCAGGAGUGUCAAGAAACUCGUCAUCAAGAAGAAAGAAGAUAAAAUGGAGGCGGACCAUUUGCUGAAUUCUAGUCGUUCUUUAGCCCAAGAAGAUGAUCUCCUCUCUCCUGUGCCAACAUACCCCAACGACACAACCACCAAACAGCCAAUUGCCACCCAGGAACUAUCUCCCAGCAGUAAUGAUGUACUUGAGACACCUGGAGGUACAAGAUUGUUCUCCAAACCACAGUCAUCUCAGCAUAACCUGUCAUCAUCCAGUUCUAAGAAGCAGGAAGAUCCUGACUGUACCAUCACGGACCUCAACGUCAAAGCCAAGACUCCCAGCAAGCUCAACACUAGUGACAUGUCCUCCACUGCCAGUGACCUUGACCAAUCAGCAUCCCUCGCUGAUGGAAUUGCUGUCGAUGAAAACCAGGAGAACACCCCACCUCCCCACCCAGGGGGCGUGGUCUUGCAGCGGGCAGGGUACUACACCAUCCCUUCCAUGGAUGAGCUAGAAGACAUGGUAGAGAUUGCAGAAGAUGGUGAAGUGCGCUUAUAUGUUGAGGAUCUAACUAUUGGGCGGGUGGGGUAUGGUAGUGUGUUCUUCCCUGGAGUGACUAACCUAGCAAACAUGAACUUGGAUGAAAUUGUUCAUUUUCGUCGUAAAGAGAUCACCGUUUAUCCAGACGAUACCCACAAGCCAUCAGUUGGUGAAAGACUGAAUAAGAAGGCUGAGGUGACAUUAGAUCGUACCUGGCCGACUGACAAAACGACCCGUAAACCCAUCACAGAUGUGGAGCGUUUGAUUACCUUAAAUUAUGAGGACAAGCUAGAGAAAGCAACAGCAAAACUUGGCGCCAAGUUCAUUGAAUACCGGCCAGAAACUGGCUCGUGGGUUUUCCAGGUGCAGCAUUUUUCGAAGUAUGGACUGUCAGACAGUGAUGAAGAAGAUGAAGUGCCAGAUAAAGAUGCCAAGAAGCAACUACCUCAACAGAAACCUUCACAGAAAGCAACAGCAGCAGAUAAACUUCCAACCAAGCAGCCUGCUUCCAAACAGCCUUCAUUAAAGGCUCCCUCUGGUGGUAGACAGCAAGCCAAGGAGGCCUUCCCUUCCCAGCAGGAGGAAGAACCAAUGAGAGACGACAUUGACAUGGAGAUGAUGCGAGACUCGCCAAUCAGAGGCUUAGGAGGGUACUCCCCUAAACCUUACCUGAAUGGUCACCUUGGUGAUGAGGUCGAAGGUCAGGAAGCCCAGCUGUUGAAUGUCCAAGGGGAUGAGGAGGGUGAGGAGGAAGCUGUUGCCUCCUCCCACCGGCUUGCCAAUGUCCUUGGGAUGAACACCCAUCGCAUGCAGGUCAUGAAAGGCUCUUUCUUUGCCGAUGAGGAGCCAGUGGAAUAUGACUACAGGUUGAGAUCAGCCCCUGUCCCUCAGACAAGACCUUCCUUCUUUGACUCUCCAUCUAGAGGCUCCCCUGCACCCAAAAUGGAAGAUUCCUUCCAGGAAAGAGGAUUGAACAAAAGCAUGGGAGGUGGAGUUUGGAGGCCCCGCCCCUUAGGAAGUCCUGCCAAGUACUUGGCAGGCAUGACGGAUCCAUCAGAUGUUAAAGGAAGUCCUGUCCCUAUCACUAUCAAGGAAGAGAUGGUGAAUCGGAGAGAUUACUUUAUGUCUAGUCACUUUGCAGCCCCCAAGACUCUUCCCCCACCCUUUGCUGGACCUCAACCCCUCCACAUCUCAAGUGGUAUGACCCAAGACAGACCUCCUCGAUUGGUUGGAUCUCGCCCCCAGCAGACAAUCCUACCCCUCAACCAAUCAGUGGUGGCUGGUAAGGUGCCGUGCCUGGCAGAUGCUGGACUUGUCAUGAGUAGGUCAUUCCGCGUAGGCUGGGGACCCAACUGGACCCUGGUGCAUUCUGGGAAGGCAGUUGGACAGCGUAUGACUGUCCCUGACAUCAAGAAGGAAGCAAUAACAUUUCCGCUGCUAACCACCAAGCAACCUACCAAGUCCACCCUGGAUGCUUCCCCAUUCACUCUGACCUUGGAGAAGGUCAAUCUAGCUCCUCAUCUCCUGGCUGCAGACAACAAAGUCUUGGAUCUCCAUGAGCGUUCCUUGGAUGUCCAGCUUCGUCACAGCCGUAGCUCAUCUCAGCAGUCUUGCCCUGUCUUUGCCCCCCAACGAGGUGUGGAUUGCCUACAUCACUAUGCCAAGACAGCUCUGAGAGAUGUCCAGGAUGAAUUGACUGCAGACCUGGACACCUUGAAUCACAGCUUGUUGGUGUGGAAGCUCCUGGUAGCACUGUGGGGAAGAUUACCUCACCAAGAUGCGCAGGAGUUAGACCCAGAUGGUUAUCCCUUCCGUAAGGCACGACGUGAAGCUUUCUCUGAGUGGUUAGCCUCCGCUUCAAGGCAACAUGUCAACAGAGAGGUGGAGGAUGCCAAGUUUAAGGAUAUGGGACACAUUGAAGCUGUGUUCUCACUUCUUACUGGCUGGCAAAUCAGCGAGGCUUGUGCAGAAGCCCAGAGGUCAGGUGACCACAGGCUGGCUCUUCUGUUGGCCCAAGCUGGCAGUAACGAAGAAGGCAAGCAACUGGUUGCCAAGCAACUCAGUGAUUGGAAAGAAAUGGGGGUUGACAAAUUUAUAGCACCAGAGUACCUGCGUGUGUAUGCCCUGCUUGCUGGCAUGCUAGUUUGGCCAUCAGCAUAUGGUGUAAUUAACACCUGCCAAGGGUUAGACUGGAAGAGAGCGCUUGCUGUCCACCUCUGUUCCACAUUCAGGCAUUCCUGCAGUCCAGUUGCUUCCAUCUCCGAUGCCUUGAAGGAGUUUGAGACAGGAUUUCUGGGUCAGUCCACCCUCCAGCAUUAUUGCCCCGUGCCCCGCCCCCCGUACAUGGAGAACAACCCUGAUAUGUACCCAGAGAAGCGAUGUGAUGAGAUAGGGGCGGAGUUAGUAGAGGAGGUGGCAGAGGAUGGAGACGAGAGAUUUGUCGUCUUAGACAUGUGUUUCCAUCUGGUGAAGCUUUACACUGAUCGCUCACAUCGUUUAGAGAGAGUGUUAGCACCAACGACUCACACAGGAUAUCAUCUGGACUACAGACUCAGCUGGCAUGUAUUACAAGCUGUACAAGCCCUAGGAUUCAGUCAUCUAUCUGAUCAGGACUUAGCUCAUCUACACACUAGCUAUGCCUCUCAACUAGAAGCGCUUGGACUCUGGCAUUGGGCAGCAUUUGUCCUUUUACACAUCCAGGAUGACUUCAGGCGUGAGGAUGUGGUACGACAACUUCUUCAGCGCCAAUGUUUAUUGAAAAGGAGUGAAGAGAAUGCAGCAAAGGAACGUUUCCUAGUCAACCAACUCCACAUUCCUCCCAAGUGGAUCUUUGAGGCAAAGGCUUUGCGAGCUCAGUAUGAGGACCGUGCCCCAGAGCAGGCAUGGCAUCUCCUUCAAGCGGGUCACUGGAAUGACUGUCACUCUGUCAUUGUCAAACACCUAGCGGCUGAUGCCAUCAUCAGUGAGAAUUACAACUACUUGCUAGGUCUUCUCAAGGAACUUGUUCCCUCAGAGCGAUCUAUCACAAUCCAGGAUUGGACCACUAAUGGGCAAGUCUUCCUGGAUUUCAUCAAUAUUGUACAGAGGUUGGACCAUCUGCAGCACACUGAACCAACCGUCUAUGAACUGGAAAAACUGUACCCAGAUGUUGCUUCGCUUUGUAGCCGUGUCGGUAGUGUGACUUGUCGAACUGCGAAGGAUCGUCUUUGUCAAUCAGAGAUGGCUAAAAGGACAGCUAAUGUCAUGAAGGCAGUGUUGACUCUGCAGCAACAGUCUUUGCAUCCAGACAAGUCAGUCCGCCUACCAUCUCGGUUACUGGCACCCCACGUCGGUAAGCUGCCCAUGCCAGAAGAUUACGGUCUGCAGGAACUAAGAGAACUCACUCGUAGCUACAUGGUAGAGCUCACUGCAUGAACUUUCAAAACAACACUUCAUUCUGUUACAGUUGGGCAGCGGGUAAUGGAAAUUCAAAAGUAAUACAGUUGGGCAGCGGGUAAUGGAAAUUCAAAAGAUCGAGAAUAGUCUUGACUUGUAAGUAUGAAUAGUCAAUAACACUGAGUGUAGUUCAUCAAUCCAAUCUGUGCUUAGCUGUGGAGGAUGGGAUGAGAAGUGGUUGAUGUUACCACUGAUAUCAAAGUGAUUGAUUGCAUGUGCAAACUGAGUGAAACGAGAGAGCAAGGUGUAUUGAAGUGUAUGGCAAUGGUUUCUUUUGUGGAACAUUCAAAAUGGAAACAUGGUUGGCAGAAAACAGCACUGAAGUACAGAAAUUAAACAUGGUUGGCAGAAAACAGCACUGAAGUACAGAAAUUAAACAUGGUUGGCAGAAAACAGCACUGAAGUACAGAAAUUAAACAUGGUUGGCAGAAAACAGCACUGAAGUACAGAAAUUUAUGCAUUAUCAUCACUAGGCCCAAAAGAAUUGAAAACGUUAUACUAACCACUUCCUGCCGGGGCAUUUAUCAAUGAUGAUGAUGCUGGGGUGGGAUAUUUAUCCUUUUUUUCUGUUUUCAA